UUCGUGACCAAAUAUGCAUUUUUUUGUAAACAUAUUCAACAGUUAAUCAAUUAGUAACGUAUUAAACUAAAAUAACGGCAAUAUUAUUGGAUUUUACACCGAAAUGAUCUGAACAUUAAAUUAAAAAUGAAAAGGAUAACAUAUUGAUUAAAUAUCAUAUUUAAACAGCAAUAUGACAUUGCAUCAUAUCAUAAAUGAAGUUGAAGCUUGAAACUUUAGGUCACUUAGCAAUAAUGCUACAUACAAAUAUUAUAUUUGAACUAACAAGUAAUGAAAUAAACAAAGAAAUUAAUACCAAUGAUGAACAGAACAACGUAGGAGAUCAGUCAGAUACAAAUCGAGGUAAAUUAAAACUUCGCGGUCAAAUGAAAUAUAUGAGUGAAUGGGAUGCUAUCGUAUUUCUUGGAACACCAAUUAUGCGUGAUGUGGAUUCAAUGCUAGAACUAGGUUUAUAUUUAAAUGAUUUGAGUAUGCAUGAUUCUAGCCGUGAUAUGGUAUUGGCUGGUGAACAACAGUCGGCUGAACUGAAAUUAGCACUGGAACAGGAAAAUGAAAAAAGCAAACGAUUGGAAGAAAGUUUAAGAAGAUUAGACGAAGAAAUGAGAAGAACUGAUGAAUUAUUAUAUCAGAUGAUACCACGUUCUGUAGCUGAAAGGCUUAGAGCUGGUGAAGCUGCAGUAGAUACUUGUGAAACAUUCGAUAAUGUCACCCUGUUAUUAAGUGAUGUAGUAGGAUUUACAACAAUAUGCAGUGGUCUUGCACCAUUGGAAGUUGUAAGUCUACUUAAUAAACUUUAUUCAGUAUUCGAUGGACUUACAGAAAAACAUAAAGUUUAUAAGGUUGAAACGAUUGGUGACGCUUACAUGAUUGCAUCAGGAUGCCCUUCACGUACAGAUUAUCAUGCCCCAUUUAUUGCUGAGAUGGCACUCGAUAUGGUUGAAUCAGUUCAAACAGUUAAAGAUGAAUCUAAGGAACCACCAGAAAGUUUACGAAUACGUGUUGGUGUACAUUCAGGUCCAGCCGUUGCUGGUGUUGUAGGUGUAAAAAUGCCACGUUAUUGUUUAUUCGGUAGUACAGUUACAACAUCGGAACUAAUGGAACAAACUAGUUCACCUCAAAGAAUACAAGUCAGUGUGAAAGCAUAUGAAAAUCUUUUAAAAUACGGUGUUUAUGAUUUAACUGAGAAGGGAAGAGUUGAAUUAAAAGAUGGUGGUACAAUAUUAACUUAUUGGUUAAAUGGUAGAUCAAAUUCUUCAGAUGAUGAGAAAACUGCUAAAUUCUUAGAUGAAUUAAAUACUGAACGUGAAAGAAUUGCCGAUUCCAAUAUGGCUUCAUCACAUCAACGUUCUGGUGAAAGCUGGGAAUCUGUAACAGCUAGUCGUUGUAGUUCCGCUAGAACAUUGGCAUCAAAACGUAGUUCAAUGUCAAUAUCUCAACGUGCUAGUUUAGCAGAUCCAGGAAUUGAUAUAAAAUCAAUGGCAAGAUUAAAAAGUUUAGCACAAAUUAAUGAAAAUAAUAAACGUUAAAGUAUUACAAAGUAGAAAUUGAAACAAACAAACAAACAAACAAAC